GAUCGCGACUCGCUCUCUCAGUCAACGUUUUUCGCUCGACUUUAACGGUUCUCGUGGGGAUUUCAAUUCCAGCAUAUAACUAAACAAGUUAAAAGUAAAAGAAGCGGAGUGCUAAACGGUUAAACUAUUACUCUCACUAGUUGAUUGCACAGUUAACACAGUUAAUUUUCACCCAGUUAAAAGAGAAUAAAGUGAUAGAAAGAGACCACCCGCGCGUUUGGCAGAAAUAUUUACACUAGCGACUAAAGGAGGAUCAACAGCAAAAAAUGGGUAAAGCUCAGAGCAAGCGUUCAAUCGACAUCACCACCGAUCCCAAGAAGGUCGGCGAAGGCGAUGAGGUGGCCGGCAAGGUGGAGAAGAUUGAUGUGGACCAGAAGACGGACGCUCCAGCGGUGAACGGAGACGCUGCCACGCCCAAAGAAGGUGGCGAUGAAGCGGCGUCAGGAGACAAAAAGGAAUCGGAGGAGCACUCUGAGAACGACAAAGAUUUGACCACCGAAAAGAAUGCCGCUGCCGCUGAAGGUGGCGAUGCGGCCGCUGAAACGCCGAAGAGCGAGGAGGGUUCGCCCAAGGAGGGAGCAGCUGCCGCUGGCGAGGACAUCACCCCGCUGGCCGACGAAAGUAUCAAGUCCAAGUCGAAGAAGGACAAGGUCAAAAAGAAGUGGUCCUUCCGCAGCAUCUCCUUUGGCAAGAAGGACAAACAGAAGCCGGCCAAGUCGGAGGAGGCCACCUCCCCCACCUCGGGGACAACGUCGCCCACGACGGCUGAGGCUGAAGCAGCACCAGCUGCUGAUGCAGCCCCAGCUGAGCCAGCGGCGGCCACAAACGGUGAAGCUGAAAAGCCAGCCGAGAACGCAGAGGCCACGAGCGAGCCGGCGUCCAAGGAUGAGGUGAAGCCCGCCGAAAACGGAUCAGCGAGCGAACAAGAGAAAAAGUCCAACGGAGAAGCAGAGAAAGCGGCGCCAGCACCAGCCACAGUUGAGGAAGCGGCACAGCCCAAGCCCGCCGAGGAACCAGCCACUGUCACUGCCACUGCCACUGCAACUGCCACCGAAUCGAGCACCACCGUCACUGCCACCGAAGAAGUUACCGUGAAAGAGAGCCAGCCAGAGCCAGAAGUGGUCACCAAUGGACACGGAGCCGGAGAGGCGUUGACCAACGGAUCCAGCAACGGACUGGCCGAGUCCCCAGUGGCCGAGACAGCACCGGCAGCUGACAACAUUCCAAGCAACGUUGAUGACGAACAGCCGCAUCAGAAUGGCACCAAUGGCACCACCACGCCCCCGCCCACACCCGUGGCCGUUGAGACCGAGAAGGGACAGCAAAUUGAGGUAAACAACCACACAAGAACAGACAGCACCAACACACACAAUAACAGCAAAAACUUCACUGUAAAUACAAGUACAACAACAACAAAAACUAAAGCAACAACCGAAUUCACAGAGAACACAGCACUAAAAACAAUAAGUACAGAAACCGAAAGAACUUGCACUAGCACUGUGACCGAGACCGUUGUAGAAGCCGCAGAGUUAGUUCAGACCCAAACAAUCCUAACCAAAACAACCAACACGAUCCCUUCCACCUCCCACACGCAGGCCAGCAGCGAAGUGAUUGAAGCAGUGACCAGCAUCACCACCAGCAGCAGCAGCCAAGCCGAGGAGGAAGUUGUGGCGGCGAUCAUCAAGGCGGUUAGCAGUGAACUGGAAGCCGAAACGGAGACUGAGACGGAGGCCGAGGGAUUCGUGGUUGUGACUGCCGUGUCCGCCGAAGUCGAAGUUCCCGUUUUGCCUUCUCCUGUUGCAGCCGCCGAAAUCGAAAAAGUAAUCGAAGUCCCGGAAGUAGAAACUGAAUCUGUUGCCGUAGUUCCCGAAGUUCAAACUGAAUCUGUGGCUAAAGUUCCUCAAGUUGAAAGCGAACCUGUUGUUGAAGUUCCCGAAGUUGAAUCGGAAUCCGUUGUGGAAACAAGGAGCAGCAGUCCGCCACCCCCAUUGCCCAAGUCCCCUCCUCCAUCCCGAGUCUCCGCCUUUGUUCUGUCUGACGAAGUUAUCGAGGAGCAGGUCACUCCUAGCGUUCCCGAAGUAAAGCGCGAUGAAAUCGAGCAGCAGGCCAUCAGCAUUGUGGCUGAGAUCACCGAACAGGCAGUGGAAAUUGUUACCGAAAAAGAGAAGCAAGAGGAGGUUGCCAAGAAGGAAGAUCCAGCUCCAGUUCCAGCAGAAGCUGAGGAGACUCAUUCCGCCGUUGAAGUUGAGAAGACUAUUUCCACCGUUGAAGUUGAGGAGGACUCUUCAGUUCAAAAGGAGGAAGUAAAAGCUCCCUCUCCAGUAGCGGAUUUAACCUUUACAAGAACUGAAGUUGACGAGGAAUUUGUUGAAGAUCAAGAGGAAUCUUUGCCCGUUCCAGCUCCUAUUGAGCCAGCGGAGACCGAGGAAAUUGUCGUUUCGGCUGUUGUAGAACAAGAAGUUGUGGCACUUUCUCCCACUGUAGAACACACCGAAAAGCAGGAAAUUGUCGCACAGGAAACCAAUAGCAUCAGCUCCGAUGAGGAAGAAAUCCCUGUUGAGAAUACGCAAAAGGAAAGUGUCGAAGAGACUUUGCCAGAACCUGUUGAGGAAUCCUCCCAACAAGAUACAUGUGAAGUCACAUCCGAGGAUGCGCAUAGCGAUAACGAUAAGGAAAACGAAACCGACCUGGUCCGAAACAUCAUUAGCGAUCUGGAUGAGCCGAUCGUCAAAGCGGGUGGCGAUCUCCUGGCUGAAUUGGAUGUGAGACCUGCGGAACAGGAGGGCGAGAGCAACAACAAGGUGGAUCUCGCCAAGGAUCUGAAGGAGAAGAACGCCGCGGCAGACGUUACAACACAGGAACAACUGCCUGUUACAUGCGAAUAAUCCUACUCAUAAUUAUUAUAUAUAAUAUUACAUAUUAUUAAAAACAAAACAACAACAAACGAUACAAGCAACAACAAAAGAACGCAACGUAAAACAACCAACAAUUACAAGAUAAACGAGAUAAAAACAAAACAAAAAACAAAAAAACCAAGUAAAAAUACAUUUUUUAACAUUUACAUAUUUUAAAUAAUUUUUGUACGAACUUCAUAUCCCUAAUCCAAGAUAUACGCAAGCAAAAGUCAGAGUUACACGUGACACCACCACCAUCCACGCCACCAAUGCAACCACACACCACUCAAACUCCACCUCUCCACCCACGCGCAGGCAUCGAUAGUUUUGUAUUGGUGCCUCUGAAUUCCAGAUCGGGGCUGUCCCCAAAAACACAUCCAUCACCACCACCACCCAUUAAGCACACACACAUCCACCACACAAGCGCAUACAUACCAUUCUCAUAUUGAUGAUCUUGAUAGAAGAAAAAGAUUCAACAAAUCAUAUACGAUGAAAUGAUGAAAGUGAGGAGAAUUUUUUGAAUAAUUUCUACUAUACAUUUAACUGUAAGUUCGAAGAAAUUUGUAAAGAAUUUUUGGACGAAAUAUUGGAUAAAAUAUAUAUUAUAAAAUAUAAAA